CUUUAAAAACGGUUUGUAUAGCCAGAAGUAGCAAAGUAGGGCUUAUCAAACCUCAGUUUUCACAGCGUAGCCAUGUCAGAAUCUGCACCGGAAGUCGCCAAACCCUUAUCCGAGGACAUGGAUAUUGAAUCCAACGUCGCUGAGGACUCUGGGACUGAGAACGGCGGCGCAAAGCGGCCGAGGGAGGAGGGAGGCGAGCCGGAGAACGGUGACAAUGGUGACGCCUCGAAGAAAGUAAGGGUCGAUAAGUCUGUUGAAGAACAAAGGCUGGAAAUUUUGGAAGGAAGCCAAGUUGGGGAGGGAAAGAAGGAUGAUAAAUCGGGUCCGGUUACUCUGGGUCCGAAAAGCUUUGGGUCGUCGGUAGAGAUGUUUGAAUACUGCUACAAAUUACUUCAUCACUGGGCUCCUAAUCUCGACAUCAACGAGUACGAACAUAUGGUUUUGCUGGAGCUGAUUAAGAAGGGUCAUGCAGAUCCACAGAAAAAAAUAGGCCAGGGAAUUGGUGCAUUUCAAGUUCGAAACCACCCUAUAUUUAAAAGUCGCUGCUUCUUCAUCGUAAGGGUGGAUGGGUCCGCUGAUGACUUCAGCUUCAGGAAGUGCGUGGAUCGUAUCCUUCCCUUGCCGGAGAGCAUGCAAAUAAAGCAUAAUGCUAAUAAGGCCUUAAGGGAGGGCGGCAGCAAAGGCGGAAGAGGUGGAGGUCAUGGCGGUGGAAAAGGCGGUAGAGGUGGAGGUCAUGGCCGUGGUAGAGGUGGAGGUCAUGGGCGUGGUAGAGGAAAGUCGAGAAACUGAGUGAGGUUCUGUGUUCGUGUUCGUGUUCAAAUGAAUUUUCAAGCAUACAUUUGGAAGAAGGAAGGAUGCUUGCUAGCUUUAUAGUAUAAUCCAGAUUUUUUCUACCCCUUUUUCACCUUUCUCCUCUGAUCUAGUUUUAGAAUUGUCUUCUCCAAAUUAAUUGACUGUUACUAUAGCCUCUUUGUUUUGGUUUUGUUUUCUUAAAAAUCUCUUGUUACCUUUUUUUGGUGGAUGGAAGUAUAAAGUAUUGAUGUUAUGAGAAAAUGGGAGAAGACAAAACUUAACUUAUAUUCUUAAAUGUAUAGUAUUUUGACAUUAUGCACAGUGCCCUUUUUCGUUGCAAAA